CUUAAAAGGAGAUAAUUAGGUCUAUACAUGGAGAACAAGAACAAAGCUGAAUAUUAUAGUCCUGACGAUGAAUAUCGCGAUAUCGAUGAUCAAGAAAAUAUUGUCCAUCAGUUUGGAAAGGGAGAUGAUAAGUCAAAGCCAUCCUCCCCUCACCACAAGGAUUACAUGAACAUUGACAAUAUAGAGGGAGGUGCUGUUAAUGUUAUGGUAAAGAGAGAAAGAUCCCCACCAGAACACAACUCAAUGGCUUCUUCAUCUACUCACAAAGAACAGGAGGAUCAGCUUGCAUCAGCCAAAGUUGAAAUGCGAGAAGUAAUGGAAGAAAAUGAGAGGCUUCGAAUGCACUUAGAUCGAAUGAUGAAGGAAUAUCGUAAUCUCCAGAAUCAAUUCCACGAUAUCGUUAAAAAAGAAACUGAUCAAAAAUCAAGCAGUACUGUCAACACUAGUACUCAUCAUGAUCAAGAAGCUGAUCAACUUGUGUCCCUCAGCUUAGGAAGAACUACUAGCGAUAUGAAAAAAGACGAGUUAAAGAAAGAUAAAGGUCAUGACGAUGAAAGAGUUAUUAUUAUUAAUAAUAAAAGCCUUGAUUUAGGAUUGGAUUGCAAGUUUGAAACAACUCCAACAGAAUGUUCACCAGUGAAUUAUAGUCCGGAGAAUAGCUUAGACGAUCAAGCUAAUAAGGAUGAAAAUGGGAACAAAAAUCCCAAGACGAUGAGAAAUAAUGGAGAUGGAGAUGAUGUUUCGCAACAAAACCCUACUAAAAGAGCUAGGGUUUCUGUUAGAGUCAGAUGUGAUACCCCUACGAUGAAUGAUGGAUGCCAAUGGAGAAAAUAUGGUCAAAAAAUUGCAAAAGGAAAUCCAUGCCCUCGAGCUUACUAUCGUUGCACCGUAGCACCAAAUUGCCCAGUUAGAAAGCAGGUUCAAAGAUGUGCCGAAGACAUGUCAAUAUUGAUCACAACAUAUGAAGGAACACACAACCAUACUCUUCCUCUUUCAGCCACCGCAAUGGCUUCAACCACCUCCGCGGCCGCUAGCAUGCUGUUAUCCGGUUCGUCUAGUUCAUCAGACCCAAACCCACAAGUAACUGCCACCACCACCACCACCCCUACUUCCACUACUUCUGCCAAUAUCAACGGACUCAACUUCUAUCUCUCUGAUACCUCAAAACAUAAUAAAUCGCCAUAUUACUUUCCUAAUUCAUCCAUCUCAACAUCUGCACCUAAUUCCCUCCCUACAAUAACACUCGAUUUGACUUCCACUUCGUCCUCGUCCUCCUCCUCCUUAUCUCAUCUAAACAGAAUGAGUCACAAUUUUCCAACUAGAUAUAAUUACAAUAACAAUAAUUCCUCCACAAACCUCAAUUUUAGCUCAGUACUUGAAUCCAAUUCCCUUCCCAUUUCUUGGACCAAUAAUUAUCCAAAUCAAGCCUAUAACAAAAAUAACCAAAAUUUUGGUUCACUUACAGUUUCAUCAAGAUCAAGUCAAGAUAACAUUUUCCAAUCAUAUUUACAAAAAAAUACUACACAAUCUUCUUUACCACCAGAGACAAUUGCAGCCGCAACUAAAGCAAUAACAUCAGACCCAAAUUUUCACUCUGCAUUAGCUGCAGCCCUUACAUCAAUCAUUGGAAAUUCUGGAAUUGAAAAUAAAUCUAGCCAUGUUACGGAGCCAUUUCCAAUUUUGUCCAGUCUCCCAUCAAGCUCAAAUCCGAACAAAUGUUCGUCAAGUUUUUUAAACAAACCAACCUCUUCAGCUUCCGCGAAUAAUAAUAAUAAUAAUAGUAAUAGUACACAGCAGCCUGGAAAUAAUAGCAUGGUGUUUUUCGGGCAAUCUUCUUCUUCAUUGCCAUUUUCGACGUCUAAUAAGGGUAAAUCUACCUCUCCUAGUGAUAGUAAGUUCGAUUGAUUUUUUUUUUAUUUUUUUUUCAUGUUUUACCUUGGAAAUGGACUUUGUACGUAGUUAGCAGGAUUAAUCAUCUGUAUAGUCUGUAGAUAUGUUUUAGUGUCAUAAACAAUUGACACUUGGGAAUUAGCAUUUGCAAUUUGUUGUUGUU